CGAGAGGGAGAAGAGGAGUGAGUGACGAGGGCCGCCGCGCCCUCGCCUCGAUCGCUGAUCUUGCACCCCCCGUUGCGUUGCGUUGCGUUCGGUUGAGGAGGAGGAGGAUGGGGCGCGAUGGCAUCACCGGGGACAUGUUCGGCAAUAUGAGCUUUGAUAGCUCCAGUGACGACGAGUGCGCUGCUGACAAGCAUGAAGCAGACGGGACGGCAGUGGAUGAAGAAGGGCAUGAGCGUGCGGGGGAUUCCGACGCGGGCGUGCCGGCUGUGGUGAAUCCUGCUCGUGACGAGGUUGGAUAUGAGCCCCAUAUCGGUCCCCCAAUUCUGGUGCGCCAGAUUUGUGAGCGAGGCCUGUCGUUCCAGUUGUGGCCAGCAGCCUCCGGUAUGUGCGGGUACCUGGAGAAUGGGUACGGCGGAGGCGGCGGCGAGAGCUUACGCGAUGCGCGAGUGUUGGAGCUCGGCGCUGGCACUGGAAUGGCUGGGAUGAUGGCUGCGCGGUUCGGUGCCCGCGUAACCCUUACUGACUUGCCGCACGUCUUGGAGAACUUGCAGUGCAACGUGGAGCUGAAUUUGAAGGAGGUUGAGGCUUGUGGCGGGAGCGUUGCUGUGCAACCGCUUCGAUGGGGCGUGGAAGAGGACGCUAAGAAUUUUGUCUCGCCACCACCUGACCUGAUUCUUGCGUCGGACUGCGUGUACUAUGAUACGCUCUUCGAGCCGCUCAUGCAAACCUUGAAGUGGCUGUGUGGGAUCGGGGAGGGGGAGAAAGAGACGCCCGGGAUUGGAUCUCCUGUUGUGUUGGUCGCGCAUUUGCGGAGGUGGAAGAAGGACGGUCAAUUUUUUCGAAUGGCGGCGAAGUGCUUCAACGUGGAAGUCGUGCACAGGCAUCCUCUUGUGAAUUCGCGCGUGGGUGUGGUAGUUUACAAAUUGACAAGGAAGAUUUCCUCGCAAUGAUAACCAGCUUGCUCCUGACUGUAGCUCCCAUUUCCUAGACUGUGUAUAAGCUUGACGCACUUCCAGUUCCUUGGACCAGAAGAGAAAAUGAGAACUUAGUUAUCGGAGUGAAGAAAACAUUCUUCAUCUUAGCAAUUGAGGUCACAUCCCUGUGGGUGUCGUUUGCCUUCGAGUUUGUUCGAAUCCGCCAAAGAUACUUUAGGUUCCGAAUGAAAUUGACUUCUGCGGAAUGUAUCGCAUGGCACUCACUUCACCUCGGGGCUGCAAUAUGUCUACAUUGGUAAAGUAUGAAUCUCAUAAAUCUGUUACUUGAGGGAACAGCCGUUUGUAGCAAAUUUGGGGUUUGGACUUUGGCAGUCAUGGAAAUUGGAAGAAUCUUAUGAGGGUUGAAGCA